CGUACGUCUCGCACGGCACAUCACUGCACUGUUUGUCCACACAAGACUACUAAACAGCCUAAAAUGGAGACCCGAGUGCGACUGAAUCCCACAUUACACCAACGACAUUGCUGGGAGUGCAUGCGCCGUCGCAUCGUUUGCGACUUUGAGCGACCCGCUUGUAGCAAAUGCUGCGCGGCCGGGAUUGCUUGCCCUGGAUACGACGAGAAGAAACCACUCAAAUGGCUAGCUCCCGGGAAGGUCUCAUCUCGCUCACGGAAACGACUGACUCCUCCUGAGACAAACCGAUCCUCUACUGGCAGCGAAGAGCCUGUAGUCUCGCAGGAAACGUCGCCGACUAGCGCGGACAAUGAGACCGAAUUGCUUGAAUUGUUCAUGAUCACUCCAACGCGAGAACUAAAAAGUGAGACUUGCACUAUUGUUGAAUCUGUAUGGUACUACAACUCUCAUGUUUAUCCCGAUUAUAGCGCAAUUCACGAGCUAGCCCCAAACCCUUAUCUCGGCCAUUUCCCUCUAGAGGCACUGCACCAGGUCCCGAUGUCAAUGUGCCAUACUCUAGUUUACCUUGUCCUCGCUCAUCGUGUCUGUCGUGUAUACCCCGCGGACAAUCGGCGCCCGUUGACAACUUUACGACCGAGGCUCUACGAACGUAGGGGACUAGCGCUACGAUCCUUGGUUGAGCUGAUGGGAAACCUUCAAAACGAGAUGGUUAUCGACGCUACUAUUGGAAGUAUUCUGCUGUUCCUCUUUGUAGAUGCCAGACAACUGCCAUCAAGUGAUUGGCAGCACCAUUUUGCUGCCGCCACAGAAUUGAUCAAGAUUCGGGGUGGCUUCGCUAGCCUUUCGCGUUCUUCCGAGGUCCUGAAGCCGCUGAUACUGCAUCUCCUCCUACUCGGAGUGAUGGCCAACACGACCACUCCUCCGUCCCAGCAUAUCCCAACCACUUCGCAGCUUGAACUGAUUGACCUCAUGGCUGACUUGUACGGAGAUGGCAUGUACCCCAUCCUGCUCUGUCCCCCAUACCUUUUGAUGGAUAUUAUCAGGAUCAAUAAUCUCCGUUUCGAAGCAACUGCCUCCCCGCUCACAGAUUCUACACGGGCAACAGCACAAGCCGUUUUAGAGCAUAUCGAAGCCUUCUCCGCCGAAGACUGGAAAGGAAGCAACCCCGACGUGCAAGAAGAUUGGCUGCUACUAGGACGCAUGUAUCGGUCUUCGAUAGCACUAUACUGCAUCUCAUCUCUUCAAAGCCUUUCGAUUUUCCCCUCUACUAACUACUUCACCGCUAUGAGAACCGUCCACGGGACCCGCCUGUACACCAUUCUUGAACAAGUGAUCCUCCGCCCCCGCAUCAAGGUUUUCGCGAUUUGGCCGCUAGUCGUAGCCGGGAUGCAAGCGGUCGAUGCAAGUCCCACUAUCCGUCACAUCGUAGAUGCGCAGUUAUCCGAAAUGGCUGGAAUGUUAGCCACACCGGCGCCGAUGUUGGCAAGUGCCGUGUUCCGCCGAUUUUGGACGUCGGGCCAAACGGGGUGGGACGAGUGUUUCGACAGGCCCUACGCGUUUGUGUCAUAGUUUCCUUUCCAAGCUUCGGCAUCUAAGGGUGCUUAUGGACAUGCCUAUUGGCCGUUCGGCUCCCCCACUCCUAUGAGAUACGACGUGUACCGACUCUAAGGUGUUACUAAGAUAGGAAUAAACGAACCCUAGAGCUAGCCACCGACCUGGAGCAGGAUUCUCAGGAUAUACUUAAGUAGUAGCUAUAGUAUCCACGUAUACAAACCCCAACCUACACUCCUUCCAUAUAACGAUCAGUGCGCCGUGGCCAUAUCUGGUCAAGGUAUAGCUUUCAGGCUAGAUGGUGGCGGCACCAAUCACCGAACGCGGAAAAUGGGUAUCCGAGAAUGAAACCGGCCGCAGAUAGACAAAAUCCGGUUUCUAAUCCCGAAAAUACCAGCACAGCGUCUUAAACUUGGGCCAUGAUGCUAAGAUGACCACGACUUGCAACCCUCCUUCAAAUAGCUGUGGUAUUUCAAGUAGUGAGGACACCAGUCUGGCUUCAGGCCCC